AUGGCCAUUGCUUCUCCGUUUAAGGCUUUGUGUCUGUCUCUCUUGUUCAUCGCCGUUGCAAGUCGUCCAACUGUCAGGCAAAAGGUUUUCAACGUCGACGCUAUGGUGCUAAAUCUGACGGAAAAACUGAUAACGCCAAUGUAUGUGUUCACAAAUGUAUGGAAAAGCGCAUGCGCAAGAAGUGGAAGUAGUAAAAUCUACGUACCAAAAGGAACAUUCUAUCUCGGUGGUGUAGAGUUUGUGGGCCAUGCAAAAAUCAGAUUGAAUUCGUCAUUGAUGGAACUUUAUUGGCUCCUUCAAACCCUAGAGAUAUUAAGCAGGACACUUGGAUCAACUUCAGAACAUGGGAUUUGCAUUCGUGAACAAUUCAAGAAUCGAUGGGAUAACAUCACUCAACAGCAAAAUGGGACACUUAACUUCUUCUCCGUCCAUCACUUCAACAUUACUGGCGUCACCGUAACAGCUCCCGGCGAUAGCCCAAACACCGACGGUAUCAAGUUCGGUUUCUGUAGCAACAUUCGCAUCUCUAACACAAACAUUGUCUUUAACGGCACAAGUGAUGGUAUUCGGAUCAAGACUUGGGAAUCUUCUGCUGCAAAGAUCGUCGCUUCUAACUUUGUGUUCGAGAAUAUUCAGAUGAUUAAUGUUGGAAAACCAAUCAACAUCGAUCAGAAGUAUUGUCCUUACCCACCUUGUGAAAAGACGGGAGCGUCUCACGUUCAGAUAAAGGACAUUAAGUAUAAAAACAUAUAUGGGACGUCGAAGAACAAAGUGGCAGUGAAUCUACAAUGUAGCAAGAGCUUUCGUUGCAAGAAUGUUGAGCUAAUUGACAUUAACCUUGAGCAUAACGGAGUUGAGGGUGGUCCUUCCACUUGUCCUUACCCACCUUGUGAAAAGACGGGAGCGUCUCACGUUCAGAUAAAGGACAUUAAGUAUAAAAACAUAUAUGGGACGUCGAAGAACAAAGUGGCAGUGAAUCUACAAUGUAGCAAGAGCUUUCGUUGCAAGAAUGUUGAGCUAAUUGACAUUAACCUAGAGCAUAACGGAGUUGAGGGUGGUCCUUCCACUGCCGUGUGCGAGAAUGUUGAUGGUUCUGCUCGUGGUAAGAUGGUUCCUCAGCAUUGUCUGGCUUGA